AUGCACCGCAAAAACCCCAUCUCGGUCCUCGUCUACAACUACCUCUUCCCCUCGCCGUCCCCCACAGACCCGCCCUCGUUCUCGGCCCACCUCUCCAAGAACCUCGUUGGUGAAGUCCGCAUCGAGACCGCCAACUUCUACGGCUCGCUCGACACGAUCGAAGCACGAUAUCCCGGACUGAACUACGCCCACGGCCCGCACCGGAAACGGCUCGGCCGGUUUCCACACCACAGACGGCUUUUUGGCGCCUUUGACGCGCUUGGCCUCACGGAGAGCGAGAUGCAGGGGUUCUGCAGGUGGGAGGGGACACUGUGGGCACGUGAGCGGUAUGAGCGCGACGAGGGCGUCAAGGUGGUGGACACGACGGGGAUGGAGAUCGGGGCGUGGGUCGACAACCGCGCGGCGCGACUGGGCCGGAAGGGGAUCAAGGUCAAGACGCACAUUGAGGUGGAGAUCGAGCGCGUCUCUGCGUCUGCGGACUUGCACGCGGAUUCGCACGCCGACUCGCCGCCGCUGCAGGCCCAGCAGCACACGACACAGGAGCAGAGGGACACGGAGAUGCCGGACACGGAGAGCGACAACGACUCGGACGACGCGCAAGACGACGUGGGCGAGAGCGUGGGGUUCGAGCUCAACGCGCGCCUGCUGCACGCGGCGGCUCUGCGCGACCAGGGCAACAACGUGCCCAUGGAUCCAGAGUGGGAGGCGUAUCUGAAGGAGGCACAGGAGCGGGGCGAGCUGAACAUGGACGCCACGCGCGAGGCGCUGCGCACCAUGGCCGGCCACCUCGUCAACAGCCAGAUGCUGUCGCUGGGCGCGGCGGCCGCAACGGCUGCAGACGCGGGCCAGGACCGCGCGCAGGCGUUGCAGCACCCUGCCGCGCCGGCUUAG